AUUCAUCCGCUCAUUAUCUUUUAUAUCGUCGCACAAUUGGUUUGCUACUAGUAUUUUCACGAUAAAGCAUUUUUAAAUACAACCGGUUCACUGCGAUUUUAAUGUAGACCCUAUCUAAUGUCGCCGCAGUGACAAUCGAUCGAUUAUUAAUCCGGAUAUCAUUAUGCGGUUUGCUUUCCGAAGUGUUUGCUAGAUAUCAUAACAAAGGUCUUAGAUAGAGGAAAGUAAAUUAAUGCCUUGGUGGGUCUAUAUUCAAAUUAAAAAAUAUUUUUCAGUUGGAGACACUUUGUCAUAAGAAGUCAGUGGCGACCUUUGUAACCUUCAGUAGUGAAAUUUAGUGAGUAAGAAGUGGUCAAAAACCACUCCACAAGAAACACCACUUUGAAAAGUCGUUAGUAGAACGAUUAUCUAUAGAUCAAUCGCAAGGUUUUGUUGCUCCUCCAGGCAUUGGAACGCCUCCACUGAUGCCUCAGGUACCGAUUUCUGGUAUGUCCGGAUUUAGCCCGAUUAUCCCAGCCCCAUUCAGUGUGCCACCUCCAGGAUUUGGUGCUCCUGCUAUACCUCCUGUCUUACCUUCACUUGGCGGUUCAAUCAGUGAGUGGACUGAGCACAAAGCACCUGAUGGUCGAACAUAUUAUUACAACAUUGUUACAAAGCAAAGUAGUUGGAUAAAGCCGGACUGUUUAAAGACACCAGCAGAGGUGGAAUUGUGUCAGUGUCCCUGGAAAGAAUUUACUGCUGAAAAUGGAAAAACAUACUAUCAUAAUAUUAACACAAAAGAAUCACGAUGGAUUAUACCACCCGAAUUGGAAGAGAUCAAAAAAAGGGUUACAGAAGAGUCUAAACCAAAAAGCGUGCCAGUGUCACCCAAAGAAAUUACAAGCCCUUUUUCAAUAUCUGCUUCCAUUUCUCCAUCAAACUCGCCAAACGUUUCAAAUUCCACUGCCAGUCCAGGUCCAAAGAGUAACGCGAUGGAAGCGGCAAUGGCAGCAACAUUAGCAGCAAUUUCCAUUCCAACUCCUCCUAACCGACCUGAAGAUGAUGUGUAUACGUCAAAUCAUUAUGAUCGAACUGAAACAAAACCGUCGACUCCCGAACCGAAAGUAUAUAAGGAUAAGAAGGAGGCUAUGGAAGCAUUUAAAGACCUAUUAAAAGAUAAAAAUGUCCCAUCCAACGCAUCGUGGGAUCAGUGCGUAAAAAUUAUUCAAAAUGAUCCACGGUAUGAGACGUUUAAAAAACUGAAUGAGAGGAAGCAGGUUUUUAAUGCGUAUAAAACACAAAAACAGAAAGACGAGAAAGAAGAACAGAGAACCAAGGCCAAGAAGUCAAAAGAACACCUUGAAGAGUUUCUGAUGAAGUCGGAUAAAAUGCUGUCUACCACUAAAUAUUACAAGUGCGAUGAGCUCUUCGGUCAUUUGGAGGUAAAAUUUCAGAUUAAUUCAAAGUAUGCUUUCAAACCUAGCAAUAACAAGUUGUGAACUGUGUUUGAUCAAUCUGCCAAGCAUUUAAAAUCUGGUCUAAACCA